GUGAACCCUGACACAAAGCCAUUUGUGCAAGAGAGAGAAUCGCUCAGACAAGAACUGGCAUCAAUAUGUUAUGAAACCAAUGUUCUGGGGUUCAGAGGUCCUCGCAAAAUGACUGUUGUUAUUCCUGGGAUGAACCAGGACUGCGAAAGAGUGUGCAUACGGCCGCGUAAUGAACAUGAGACACUCCAGACUCGUUACCAAAAUGGCAACAUGGAGAAUAUUAUCUCUCUUCACAACAAGGCACCAUCCUGGAAUGAGGAGACUCAGUCCUACGUCUUAAACUUUCAUGGCCGAGUCACUCAGGCCUCUGUGAAGAAUUUUCAGAUCAUAAAAUGCUGUGGACCCUGAGUACAUCGUCAUGCAGUUUGGCCGAGUAGCAGAAGAUGUUUUCACCAUGGAUUUCCGCUAUCCGCUGUGUGCUCUGCAGGCUUUCGCUAUCUGUUUGUCC